UGUUACGUAACGGGUUUAGGCUGAAAAGGCUGCAAAGGCUGCGGGGUUUAAGGAAAAUGGAGCUGCCAGCGAACUUUGUGUAUGUUGCAGCAACAAUACUAUUGACAGGGUCCGCGUGGUUCAAAUACAGGGGUCUGGAGUAUGUGAUUAUGCACUACCGUUGGGUCUUUGUGUGCUUGUUUUUGUUGCCACUAUCAGUUGUGUAUGAUGUGCUAAUGUAUUUACGGGCUUGGUUGAUUUUUAAAUUGAAUUCAGCACCAAAACAGCACGAUAGUAAAGUGAAAUACGUCCAGCAGCAGAUUAAAGAAUGGCGUGCAGAGGGUAUGAAAACAAAAAUGUGCACAGCAAGGCCUGGUUGGAUGAACAUAAGUUUCCGUCGUGGCUUGUACAAACAAACAAUGAAAAAGAUUGAAGUGAACCUCAUUGAUAUUAUUGAAGUGGACACUGAAAAGAAAGUAGUGAGAGUUGAACCCCUAGCUACCAUGGGUCAGGUGACCGCUAUGCUGAACCCCUUAGGCUGGACAAUACCAGUGCUUCCAGAACUUGAUGACCUUACUGUAGGUGGACUGAUCAUGGGUGUUGGCAUAGAAACUUCUUCUCAUAAAGUUGGGCUCUUUCAGCAUUGUUGUGUAGGGUAUGAACUAGUUCUGGCCGAUGGUAGUGUGGUCAAAUGUUCAAAGGAAGAAAAUCCUGAUUUGUUUUACUCUGUGCCUUGGUCUUACGGAACACUCGGAUUUCUCGUAUCAGCAGAGAUACAGAUCAUUCCAGCUAAGAAGUAUGUUCGGAUAGAAUAUUUCCCGGCACUCAGCAGACAACAGAUGAUAAAACGCUUCGAGCAGGAAACCAUGAAAAAAUCUGGCAAUGAUUUUGUUGAGUGUCUAGUAUAUUCGGAGACGAGUGGUGUUAUUAUGACAGGAAUAAUGACUGACGAUGCAGAACCUGAUAAGAUAAAUGCUUUAGGAUGCUUUUGGAAGCCAUGGUUUUUCAAACAUGUGGAGAAAUAUUUAAGACGUGGUUCUGCUGUAGAAUAUAUUCCACUUAGGCAUUAUUAUCAUAGGCAUUCUAGAAGUAUAUUCUGGGAGUUACAGGAUAUAAUUCCAUUUGGUAACAAUCCAAUAUUUCGCUUCCUUCUUGGAUGGACAGUUCCCCCAAAAGUUUCUCUGCUGAAGUUAACUCAAGGGGAGACAACCAAAAAACUAUAUGAGGAACAUCAAGUGAUACAGGACAUGCUUAUUCCCCUUGGCAAGUUGGAUGAGGCUCUUGAUGUGUUCCAUAAAGAACUACAUCUUUACCCAUUGUGGUUAUGUCCCUUUAUGUUAUACAAUAACCCAGGAUUUAUCCACCCAGAGGGCAGUGCUGAUGAGAUGUAUGUUGAUAUAGGAGCAUAUGGAGCGCCAACGGCUCCUGGCUUCCAGGCCGUUCAAGCUACCAAAAAUCUAGAGGCAUAUGUGAAAAAAGUGAAAGGAUUUCAGAUGUUGUAUGCUGAUACGUACCUAUCAGAGGCGGAUUUCCGUGAAAUGUUUGACCACACCCUCUAUGAUAAAAUGAGGAAACAACUUGACUGUGAAAAUGCAUUCCCUGAAGUGUAUGGGAAGGUGAACAGGAAAGUUAGAGAUUAAAAGUAACAUCAUACCAUAGUUCAUACAAUAUUUCGUAGAAAAACAAUAAAUACUAAAAUGAGCUAUUGUAAGAAAUAUGUAGGAUAUAUUUAAGUUUUUUCUAUAAAUACAGGAUAUGUUUUCUUCAAGUGGUAUGAAAAUAAAUAUUUCAUGAGUGGUGGUAGCCUUAAGUGAAAUAUGAUAUAUUUUCGUACCACAAGAUGAUAAUAAAUCCUGUAUGUACAGAAAAAAACUUGAAUUAUCUGUUUAUUAUAUACAUUUUUUCGCUUUUUUGAUAUUUAAAUUUGAAAGACUUCCCCUAAAAUUUUGUGUAUUGGCUGAAUUUAGAAAAAAAAAGUCUGGCAAGGUACAUAUUAAGAUAUGAAAAAUAUGUUUCACUGCAGUGCAAAAAGAUCUUUACAGUGAAAAUAUGGAAAAUGAAAUCAAUAUUAAGAGGAUAUUUUUUCAUUUGAGUGAAAUAUGGAAUAUAUUUUCACGAAACAUGAUAAAAUGCCACAUAUUUUCAUGUUGAGUGAAAAUAUAUACCAUAUUUCACGAAAAACGAAAAAAUAACCUUUUUAUUUAAUUUCAUUAUCAAAGAAAAAUGGUUAUGAACCCCCUUGCCUGCUACGCAACUGCAAUUAUACAGCGCGCAGUAAUAUAAGUAUCGUCUUGUUUUGCACGCGAUAUUUAGCGCUAGAUUGUGACGUCACGUAAACAACUUUUUAAACGUCUAUACAGCGUUAAUGAUUGGUGUUCGGAUUUAUUUUCUUAGUUAGACCAUUUUCUAUCAUUCUAGAUAGUUUUCAAAACAAAAUUCAACAAAAAAGUUGUUUGUGUUUAUCAGAUUUUUCAAACAAAAUGGCGAAAGAAGUCCCUUAAAAUAAAUACGAGUUUUGACUCCGCCCACUUUCAUAUUUAUAUUUCAUAUUUAUUUUUAAAAAAUAUGAAAUAUAUUUGACUGAUAUAGCACCAUAUUUCAUAUGUAAAAUUAAAUAAUUCUCAAUAUUUCAUUUAUUAGUAUAUAAUAAAUUAGAAACAGUUGUGAGUAAUGAAUAAUAUACAUGUAGUGAUCAGAAUCAAUUAUGAUAUUUCUAACCAUUGUAAAAACAUCCUUUUUUUCUCAUAGUUGCAUAAUUUUUGGGUAAAAAAUUUCAAAAUAAAACAUGAGAUGAAAUAAUACAGUAAUAUCUUAGAUCAGUUUAUGAGAAAUUUUUUUGUAUUAGUCAUAUUCUGCAUUAUGGGUAUUAGUUAUGCUUUUAAUAUUAAGGUGUUGCUGUAGUGUAUAGAGAAGUAAAAUUUAUUGCGAAUUGAAACUUUGGGAAGAAUCAAAGAUUCUUGCUGUUUUGUGGUAAUUGCUCUUGCUUGUUGCUAAGAGGUAAAUUGUUACUUUGAGAAGAAUCAAAACUUAUGUUGUUUUAACCUAUAGAUAAUAGCUCUUGCUUGUUGCGGAGAGGUGUUGCUAUAGUGAAGUGACAUUUGUUGUGAAUUGUUAACUUGUGAAGAAUCAAAACUUAUGUUGUUAAUAGUUAAUAGGUCUGUCAAGUUUUCACUGUAUUUAUUUCUUCUUAAGCUGAUAUAUAGUGAUGAUACUAUCGUUAGACCAGCCUACAAAUAGGUGCAGUCUGACCAGACUCUAUACUGCUGGCUGUUCCAUUUUUGUAUUGCGAUAUUGAAAUCCCUAAAAAUAUCAAAUGGACACUUCCAAAUCUUUGAAACAUGACAAGUCCAGCAUACAUAUUUAGUGGUGUAAAACGUUAAACUACCAAUGCUCACUGCAUCAGUAUUGAUAUAGACAUAAUUUCAGCCAUCACUGCUUACUCCCCCUCCCCCCAUACCCUGUCCCCCAAUACAGAAUCCCUCCCCCAUAUGUUGUUGUUAUUGUAGUGUUAUUAUGUUAUCUCUCAGAAUUGUGAUUCAUUAUCAGCAUAAUGUGGAUAAAUAUCUCAUUCAAAUUUAUUUUUUUCUCUGAAACUUGUUUCUGGUUAGACUUUGAAUUAUCUAUUCAUUACUAUGGUUCGUAAAGAUGUUUAGUAAAGAUAAGCACCCAUGAAUAGAUUUGAAACAUAGAUAUUUAAAGAUAUAGUUAUAAAAUUAAUGGAGAUACUUUUACAAAAUGAAAGGUAUAAGAACUUUUUACAGGGCAAAAAUCUUUGUUAUUCAUAACAAUAUGAAAUAUUGUUUUGUCAGAGAAGGGUAUAAGAACUUUUUACAGGGUAAAAAUCUUUGUAAUUCAUAACAAUAUGAAAUAUUGUUUUGUCAGAGAAGGGUAUAAGAACUUUUUACAGGGCAAAAAUCUUUUUAUUCAUAACAAUAUGAAAUAUUGUUUUGUCAGAGAAGGGUACAAGAACUUUUUACAGGGCAAAAAUCUUUUUAUUCAUAACAAUAUGAAAUAUUGUUUUGUCAGAGAAGGGUAUAAGAACUUUUUACAGGGCAAAAAUCUUUUUAUUCAUAACAAUAUGAAAUAUUGUUUUGUCAGAGAAGGGUAUAAGAACUUUUUACAGGGCAAAAAUCUUUUUAUUCAUAACAAUAUGAAAUGUUGUUUUGUCAGAGAAGGGUAUAAGAACUUUUUACAGGACAAAAAUUUUGUAAUUCAUAACAGUAUGAAAUAUUGUUUUGUCAUUACUCAGUAUUUAUUAUUGUGUUAUUUCAGUAUUGUGCCAACUUGUUUGUUUAUUUUGUUAAGAUAUAUAAAUUGGUCAGUGUUUGAUAUUUUACAUAUUGUAAUAUGCUUCCAGUGUUGAUAUCAAAAUAUAAGCUAAGUAUUGCCACGGUUUUGCUCAAAGUAAAUGUUAUCUGCUUUUAUAAAUAAAUGUUGUGCUUUCUCUAUUUUUCAAACUUACCAUACCUGUAGCACUAUUUUCAAAAAAUAUUUUCUUUCUUAAAUUCAACCUACAUACCCAUACAAAUUGUAAAGAGGAAAAUAAAAUCUGUAAAGUCCAAUAUUUGUAGAUAUUGUUAAGUAUAUAAGAUUAUAUUUAAGGUUAUUUUUACACAAAAUGGAAUAGAUGAAUUUGAAUGAAAUUCCAAAAUUUUGUAUGUAUUAUAGGAUUAUAAUAUUUUUGUUUAGUCAGCAUUUCCUAAGUAAAUGGACACUUGGAUAUGAAUCAUUUAAAUUCUGUAGCAUGACUACUAAAGAGAAAAGCAGAUGAAAGUAUUGUGGUGAAAUGAGUGGGCCAUGACUUUCUUUAGUUGACCAAGAAUAAGUAGUUCAUGAAAAUAACUUUAUAUUAAAUAUCUAGUAAAUCAUUUAAAGGAGUAAUGAAACUGCAAAACAAAUGAUAAUUUAGUGAAUGUUAUAUGCCCCUACCUAACACUCCACUCCAGUCACUUAUUUGUAACCUGCCUAUAUGGAAAGAAUGAUCAUUUGUGGAGAGCAACUACUGUUACUGAAUCCUUCACUUCAGUCCCUUAUUUAUAACAUGCCAAUAUGUUAAAUGUGAUCAAUUGUGCAACUGAAUCCUCCACUCCAGUCCCUUAUUUAUAACAUGCCUAUAUGGAAAGUGUGGUCAUUGGUGAAGAGAAGUUACUGCAACCUAAUUCUCCGCUCCAGUCCCUUAUUUAUAACAUGCGUAUAUGGAAAGUGUGGUCAUUUGUGUAGAGCAACUACUGCAACCUAAUGCUCUGCUCCAGUCCCUUAUUUACAACAUGCCAAUAUGGUAAAUGUGAUCAUUUGUGUAGAGCCACUACUGUUACCAAAUCCUCCACACCAGUCCCUAAUUUAUGACAUGCAAAUGGGGGAAGUGCGAUAAUUUAUUUAAUUUUUCCAAACUUUACUAUAGGUGUACAUUUUUUCAUACAUCUUGGCUUCUUUAGUUACCAGUGGUAGCAGUUAUUUUGAUACUACUCUUGUUGGAUAUAUUUCUCAGUUUCACCUGUGUUUACCUCUAUUUCUGUAUGUAAAUUUUUAUUGUUUAGUAUUUUGCAAAAUAUUUUCUUGAAAGAAUUCAACCUUUUAUUUUGUAACUUUUCAGGAAAUGUACUUUUACUUAGUAUAAAAAAAUUAUAUAUAAAUGCCGCUAUGAUAUUACAGUCGUGAUUUUAUACAAAAACAGUUCAGAUUAUCUCAAUGUCUGCAAAUGUUUACAUAUCAAAGGUUGUCAAGAAGUAAAGAUCUCUAACAAAGUGUUGAGUACACGACCACAUUAAAUUGUUUUUUGAAUUUAAUAAACACGUAUGUGAUAAGAUAUUAUUUACACUUAUUAGCAUGGAACAUGUUGACUUUUAUUUUUGAAAUAUUUAAUUGGACUGAUAUAUAGAAUCGGAAUGCAUUAUUAGUUAUAUUUUUGUUAUGUUAAUUGUUAAAUGAUGUAAUAAGGUUGUUGACCUCAAACCACUUGCCCCUCACUGCUAUGAUUUCGAAUCCCAACUCUUUCAUGUGAAGAAGCUAUCCAGCUAGCUUACCGAAGUUGGUGGUUCUACUCAGGUGCCCACUUGUGCCUGAAAUAAUGCACGAAAGGGCACAUGAGAUUUUCCUCCACCAGUAAAGCUAGAAAGUGGCCAUGCCACCUAUACUGUGUUGGUGUGAUUUAAAACCCAAUCAGUCAAACAAACAAACAAUUUGUGAUUUUUUUUGUUCAUGGCAAAUCAAAGUAAUUGAUGUAAAAUCUGAAAUAUUUGAAGGAAUGACAGUCUUUUAACUUGUUAUCUAAAGCAAGAAGAUUUGAAUAUUCAAUUAUUGAUAGUUUUACAUACAUUUGUUAUAAGGUAUGCUAAGUGAAUAUUUAAGAUUUUUGCAUAGAAAUCAUGUCAUGUGGUAAUUCAAUUAUACAUGCAUGUUAUAAUAUAUAGAUAUGAUUGUUAAAUCACAUUAUCUGAUUCUUUUAUUUCAAAUUAUAAUUAUUAUUUGUGAUUUUUUUUGUUCAUGGCAAAUCGAAGUAAUUGAUGUAAAAUCUGAAAUAUUUGAAGGAAUGACAGUCUUUUAACUUGUUUUUUAAAGCAAGAAGAUUUGAAAAUUCAAUUAUUGAUAGUUUUACAUACAUUUGUUAUAAGGUUUGCUCAGUGAAUAUUUAAAAUUUUUGCAUAGAAAUCAUGUCAUGUGGUAAUUCAAUUAUACAUGCAUGUUAUAAUAUAUAGAUAUGAUUGUAAAAACACAUUAUCUGAUUCUUUUAUUUCAAAUUAUAAUUAUUGUGAAAUUGUGCAAAUAAAACUAAACACGUAAUUUAAGUCUUGCCAGGUAGAAUUUUGAAAAGAAGUUAAGAGUUGAAACUUUAUUUUUCUACGCAUGAUAUGUUUACAUAAUGCUCCUUGUUUAUUUAUUGAUUUAUUGCCAAAAAGAUCAUUAUAUUUUAAAAUUAUUACCGGUAUUUAUAUUUUGCAUUAUCUGCUUUGAAUGUUAGUGUAUACAUGUUGGGAACAAAUUUUAUAACGCAGAUUUACUAUGUUCUUACCAUUUUGUUAUGAAGUUUUUGAAAGGUAUACGGUUCUUUAAAUUUUUACUUUUAAAACAAUUUAACGCAUUUCUCAUGUAGAAUAUAUAUUUAUGCUUUCUACAGAAGGUGCAUUUGAUACACUGAUUUAGUAGAAUAUAUUUUCGUUUUACCAUUUCUUGACUUAUAUUUUCUGCAGGUUAAGAUUUUAAAACACAGAACUAAGACCAGACUGUAAAUGUGACCAGUUUAUUGGUCCAAUUUAAAUAUAUGGCAACCAAUCAGAUGUGAGAGUUUAAGACUGGUCUGCAAUUACAUAUUUUCAUUGUAAAAGUUAUUGAUUAACAUUGUAUGUGUCUCACAAUGAAAUUUUUUAUAGAUGUUAUAUUAGUAGCUUAUAUUUUUUAUACCGAGAUAUCUGCAAUUAGAUAUAUAGUUUAGAAUAGAAAAUUAUCUCACAAGCUUGAUGCUUAUAUAUAAAAUAUUAAUAAUUUAAUACACUUCGUUGAGACAUGAUUUAUACUUUUAUUUACAUGAAAAUCAAGCAGAUUUUUUUUAGUCCCCUACCAGUUUACCGGAGGGGACUUAAGGUUUACCCUCCGUCCAUCGGUCUGUCUGUCUGUCUGUCUGUCCGUCUGUCUGUCAGUCCACAAAACUGGAUCCCCGAUAACUUGAAAAGUACUGAAAAUAAUUUUAUGAAACUUGAUAUAUGGAUAGAUGGCAGUAUGGAGAUUAUGCACGUCCUUUUCUUCCUAUGUUGAAAAUUCUGGUUGCUAUGGCAUUAAAUAGGCUGAAAAUAUGGCAAAUUUUACACAUAAACUGGAUCCAGUGAUAACGCAAAAAGUACUGGAAAUAUUUUUAUGAAACUUGUAAAAUGGGUAGAUGGCAGUCUGGAGAUUAUGCACGUCUUUUUCUUUUCUUCCUAUGUUGAAAAUUUUGGUUGCUAUGGCAACACAUAGACUGAAAAUAUGGCAAAUUUUACACAUAAACUGAAUCCAGUGAUAACUCAAAAAGUACUGGAAAUAUUUUUAUGAAACUUGACAUAAGGGUAGAUGGCAGUCUUGAGAUUAUGCAUGUCUUAUCUGUUCUUCCUAUUUUGAAAAAAUAUUGGUUGCCUUGGCAACAAAUAGGCUUAAAACAUGGCAAAUAUAACAAUAUUUGUGAUUAUUCAAAAAGAGCUGAAAAUUUUUAUGGAAUUGCAUCUUUAAUUUAAGAGUUAUCUCCUCUUUAAGAAUUUGCUUUUAAAAAUGUUAUAUUUUGGUUACAGGGAUGUUUCAAAUAUUAACUUUAGAGUGUCCUUCAGUCCGUCUGUCUGUCUGUUCAUAAAAACUGUUUCCUGUGAUCACUUUUAAAGAACUUUUCCAACAAAUUUACUUAAUAUAGAGAAAAAUUGAAACAUUAGUGAAUGGCCAAUGGCCCUUCAGAAUGUUGAUGGGGUUCUAACCGGUAGGGGACUUAUGGAUUGCUUGCAAUACUAUGAUAAUUGCUUGUUUUAUCUGACACUUAUUUGAUUAGAAUAAAAAAAUUCCACACCGAUUAAGAAACACUUAUUAAUUAUAAACAGCGAGUUAUUUAAAGUGAGAGAUAUCCUGUGAAUGAUAUGAAUUAUAUCUCACUGAUGGAAAUUUAUUAUCUCAUUUGCUGCCAUUAACUAAAUCAAUUUUUUUUUAUUUAUAGAAAUAUUACAGGCUAUAUACCAUUUUAUAUUUUGCUAGACAACGACUUUAGACAGAGACAUUCUUGUUGUUAAAAUGUCAAAACUUGCUAUUGUUACAUUUGUAUUUAUUUAUUGUUAAUUAUUGUAGUCACUGUAGUAAUUAAAGUGAUACUUCAAUAUUA